CUCCAAUGACGUUGGUAUCUGUUUCUCCCUGCUGCAGCUCCUUUUCCUUGGACACUCCUAGCGUUCUUCCACUGAGCCGGUUAUUGCAACCCACCCCCGGGAAACCAUGGCCGAGCAGGCCUCGGGAUCCGCCCUGCCGCCUCAGCAUGACGCAGGGGGACUGCAACAGCCCUUGUCUAUGUCUGACCAGGAGCGAGCUGACUUCACAAAGUUCAAGCAACAGAUGGAGAUGGAGUUUAACCAAAAGCGGGCUAAAUUCAAGGAGCUCUAUAUGUCAAAAGAAGAGGAGCUGAAGCGGCAGGGCGCCACUUUGGAGUCUGUCCAGUCGGAGCUGAGCCUGGUCCAGGCCCAGCUCACAGCCGCCCAAGGGGAAAUGGAGACCAUCAAGGCAGUGGCCAUGGUUUCGGAGAGCACCAAACAGGAAGCCAUUGACCAGGUGAAGGGCCAGUGGCAGGAGGAGGUGGCCUCACUACAGGCCAUCAUGAAAGACACCGUGCGGGAGUACGAGGUGCAGUUUCACCAGCGGCUGGAGCAGGAGCGGGCGCAGUGGGGCCAGUACCGUGAGGCCGUGGAGAGGGAGAUGGCCGACUUGAGGCGUCGCCUCUCCGAGGGCCAGGAGGAGGAGAACCUGGAGAACGACAUGAAGAAGGCUCAGGAGGAUGCAGAAAAGCUCCGGUCAGUGGUGAUGCCAAUGGAGCAUGAAAUUGCAGCGCUGAAAAGCAAGCUGACCGUUGCUGAAGACCGGGUGAAAGAACUGGAGGCAUCCAAGGUGAAGGAGCUCAAUCACGUCCUAGAGGCAGAAAAGUCCUGCCGCACUGACCUGGAAAUGUACGUGGCUGUCCUCAAUACCCAGAAGUCCGUUCUUCAGGAAGAUGCAGAGAAGCUGCGCAAAGAACUACACGAGGUGUGCCACCUGCUGGAGCUGGAGCGGCAGCAGCACAACCAGCUGAAGCACACCUGGCAGAGGGCCAACGACCAGUUCCUGGAGUCACAGAGGCUGCUGAUGAGGGACAUGCAGAGGAUCGAGAGCGUGCUGUCCUCAGAGCAGCUCCGUCAGGUGGAGGAGAUGAAGAAGAGGGACCAGGAGGAGGAUGAGAAGCAGCGAAUCAGCCUGGCCAAAGAGCUGAAGGAGGAUGACAGCACCGAACAGGGGGAGCCUGCCGAAGACUCGCUCCUGGGCCUGUCUACCGAUGAGGGCCACACAAACCACAGCAUGCACAGCUCCAUGCACUCCCUGGACGCCGACCUGGCCAGCGGGCCGGAGGGCUCGGAUCUCUACAAGGACGGACUCCGCAGGGUGCAGUCCACGGACAGCCUGGGCUCCUCUGGGGGCCUGCUGCAGCCCCGCGGCCUGGGCUACAACCACAAGGCCAAGUCGGCCAGCAACCUGGACGAGUCCGACUUCGGGCCGCUGGUGGGGGCGGAGUGCGGGGGCCCGGAGAACUUGGACACGGCCUCCAUCAGCUCCAUCCCGCUCUCCACGGGCCACUUCCUCCUCACCAAGGACCAGGAGAAGGCCAUCAAGGCCAUGACCCCCGAGCAGGAGGAGACCGCCUCCUUGCUCUCCAGCAUCUCCCAGGCCCCUGACUCGGCCUACCUGCCUCCCUCCGGGUACAGGCUGGUCAGUGAGUGUGAGUGGAACCUGCUGCAGCAAGAGGUGAAGAAUGCAGGGAGGAAGUUGGGCCGUCGUUGUGAUAUGUGCUCCAACUAUGAGAAACAGCUGCAGGUCAUCCAAGGCCAAGAGGCAGAGACACGCGAUCAGGUGAAGAAGCUGCAGGUGAUGUUACGACAGGCCAAUGAUCAGUUAGAGAGAACCAUUACUGAGAAACAGGAGCUGGAGGACUCUGUGAAACAAGGCAAUGAGGAAACCACUGCUAAGGUGACCACUCUGAUGCAGAAAGUCCAGGAGUCUGAGACUCUGCUCAGCACUCUCCAGCAGGCCUUCAGCCAAGCAAAGAGGAACACUCAGGAGCAGAUGGCAGUGCUGUUGCAGUCCAGGGAGCAGGUGGCCGAUGAGCUGAGCCGACUGCAGAGAGACAACGAGAGCUUGCAGGGGAAACACCGGCUGCAUCUGCAUCUGCAGCGACAAGAGGACUUCCAGAUGCCCUCCAGUGUACAGGAGCUGCAGGCUCUGGUGCUGGCCUACAGGGAGGACGUGGUGGCCGUGCGCACAGCGGCAGACCACCUGGAGGAGAAGCUGAAGGCGGAGAUCCUCUUCCUGAAGGAGCAGAUCCAGGCCGAGCAGUGCCUGAAGGACAACCUGGAGGACACGCUGCAGCUGGAGAUCGAAGGCUGCAAGGAGGAGAUCGCGUCGUUCUCCAGUCUGAAAACUGAGCUGGAGCGAGUGAAGACUGAAAAAGAGCAGUUGGAGCGCAGUUUGUCAGAAAAGACUCAGGCACUGGACAGCUUACAAGGUCUGAAGACCAGCCUGGAAGAGCAGCUGAAGGAGGCCACCUCUGCCAAGGCGGCGCUGGAGGCCCAGGCGUUUGACGAGAAGGACAAAGCGCAGAGGUUGCAGACGGAGCUGGACGUGAGCGAGCAGGUGCAAAGAGACUUUGUCAAGCUCUCGCAGACGCUCCAGGUCCAGUUGGAACGCAUCCGUCAAGCCGAGUCCUUGGAUCGAAUCCGCGCCAUCCUCAACGACACCAACCUGACUGACAUCAGCCAGCUUCCUGAGACAUGAUACCACCCUAAACUCCAGCCACCGCCCAGCCCAGCGCAGCCCAGCCCAGCCCAGCCCAGCCCAACCCAACCCAACCCAACCCAACCCAAGCCUGCCUGGCUGGCUUCCCCCUCUCCACGGAAUUAUGGUGCCCUUGUUCCCCAAGGGUCUUUAUACCCAUUCUGAGUGGCCUGGGAGGUAGGAUGGACUUUAUUUUUAAAACCCAAGAUUGCACAUGGAGGACUGAAACCAAAAAGAAAACCCACAUGUAAGAGAAACAGAAAAUGGCCUCCCUGUGUAGGAGUGCGUGGAGGCAUCCGAGGCAGGAUUCGUGAAGAACACUACCAGAGAUUUUGUAAAUAAUCAAAUGACUGUUGAGUCUUGAGGAGUGGAGAUGCCCGUGUGUCUGUCCUGUGUUUCUAAAUGUGAAACUGUCCUUUGGCCUGCCAGAAAGGGGUUGUGUGGUCUUUCUUUCUUCUGCAACUUCUCCUUCAGGUGAUCAGGCAUCAAAAGAAAUCCCCCUUUAUUUCUACCAUGUCACACACUUGACAAACUGGCUGAUAUUCUCUCUCUCUGUGGUUCUGUGACUCUUAACUCUCUACUUUCUCUGAAGGGCACGAGGCAAGAAACCAAUGAAGGAAUCACAGAACAUUUGUAUAUACAGAAUAUAUCUAUUGGACUGAUGAAGUAAUCUUUUAAAUGUACUCUUCCCUGGCCCUCAGUCAGUUUUUGUCAUGACCAGAACUGUGUUUUUAUUUUAUUUUUGCUGGUCCAUUAACCAUUUCACCCAGACCCCAUUGCGGUUAUAUUUUCUGACCUGCCACUGCUUCUCUUGAGCAUCUCAUACUCCCUGAUAAAAUUAUUCUCUGCAUCGGCCAACCUCUUUAAUUAAUAUAUGUGUCUGCUCAUGGUAUCAGUGGCAUAUUAUUAUUAAUGACUCAUCGGCUUUAGAUAGACCUAGGGAGAAAAAAGACUGGAGUUCUUGUUCUUAACAAAGAUGUUUCAUCAGUUAUGAGAAGCAUCUUUGGAGAGGUUUCCAGGUGGAACCUCAGCUUUUUCGAGCAUUGCCUUUUGGAUUAGACAAUUCAACACUGGUUGUUUUGGUUGAUUUCAGGCUAGGAUUCAUUUAGAUUUAAUUGGAUUUCUGAUUUAAACAUUUAAUGGUGAGUUCAUUUUUGCGACCAAGAACAUGGAAAAAAAGGCAGCAUUUUGAACAUGGAAGUAAAAAUCUUAAUUUCCCCAGUGUGAUUGGCUACCUUGAAAGACAGCACUUCGAUGAAUAGUCCUGAGUUCUAGCCUCAUUUCUGGUGAGCAUCUGUUAGUAUGAUGUGUACAUUUCUGCACAGUCAGUGAAAUAUCCUGUGCUUACAUUUCAUAUCCAGGGCUUGCAUUUAGCAAGUUCAUUUGAUGAAUUUAUUAUUUAGGUUUUUCUUUUCACAGCUUUGUCUUGGUUUUAAUUUUAACUUCCUAACUUGGCUCUUGGUUGGUGUCAGUCAUCAACACUGUCCUAUUAGCAACGCACACAAAGGUCCCUGUUGUGGCUUGUGGUUUUGGAACUGUGGGCAUAUAGCAUGAGACUGACAAGGCAAGAAGCCAGCUGAGCUUCACAGUGCACUACAAGGGUGUGGCGCGAUGACACAAUAAAAGGAAACUGAAGUACACAAGUAGGCGAAGCACUAAAAACAACCUUUUCACAGUGCUUAGGUGAGCAUUCCACCAAAAAGGCCAUUGGAUUGAUUUCUUGACUAAAAUGUAUUUACAUCCUCUGGGUUUACAGUUUAUGUCAUUCCCCAAAAAUGACUCCAUAUGGCGAAAGAGACUUCUAUUUCAGUUGAAUUUUAAAUUCUAGACGGCAGCCUCGUUCCAUAGUAUAACAACCCGACUUUCGUUGUUAAAUUGACAUUUAAUUGAACUGGUGGUAGGUUGUACGUGGAAAACACUAUCUAAAGCAGAAAUACCAAACGAUAAUUUGUAAACGGCUUUCACACUACUUCCAAGGAAGUCACUUCUGUGAGAAACUGCAGGAUAACAAGGUGGUUGUAGUUAUUUUCUGGCAAUAUCAAGUGACUUCUGCUUUCUGGCAGUCUACACAAUCUGGUUUUACUGCACAUGGAGAAGUCAUUCUCAAACUGGAUCCUUACAUUGCAAUUUCUAUAACAAGAUUAACUUAUCCAUUAUACACUUCACUCAAUUAGAAGUAGCCUGACCUAACUUACAACAGAAUUGAAGGUUGCUUCGGUGGUUCAAAAAGUGCUAACCAAGAAAAUUUAAGGCACACUUCCACACAGCUCUAUUCUUCCAGGCAAAUGUGGAAUGUUUUUUUCUUUUUUGUCCUUCGGUGGAGUGCUCGUUUUAUGCCACCCACUGGUGUACAUUUACCAAAAAAAAACAGGGUGAAGUGGUUAGUGGUGAGUGAACGUGUAAAUAAAAGUCACAUGAAAUGUAAAUAAUCAGUUUCAAAGUAACGUGUCGUCAAUUAGCUUUGGAACCAGUUUGAAACUGUUGGAAAUACAGAGAAUCUUAGGCCAACGUGCAUCUUUAUGCGCAAGUGGGGGUCGAACUGAAUAGUUUUAUGAGGAAAUGAUGGUUUGGUUAACAGUGGUAAAUGAAGACAGUACAUUGACCAGGAGUGCAGUGUGUCAAUCAAGGUUUAGUUUGCACUAAAUUAAAUUUGAAACAGACUUUUAACACAGUAAACCAUGGUUGAGCAUGAAGACGCAAUGGUAAAGAGCUUCUUUCACUUUAUAUCAGCUGCCUAAGACAGCUCCAACACUAUGUAUUUACAGUAGCUCCCUACAUAACCUGACCUUUGGAACCAUUUCUUAGUGUAAAAAUGCAAGUAUUACUGACAUGAGUUCAGGUGGUGAGAAUGUAAGCUUGUAAGGAUUUAACCAUAACCAAUGUUUGACAGGGAAGAUAUGGCUGAUAUUGGCUGAAGUGUUGGGACUUCUUUAUUUGGCUGAAUUUUUAUAGAACUUGCCAGACGCGACAGCAUGAUUCAUUAUUUUGCCUUGUGUCAAAAAUAACCUACAUAGGAAAAUGCUUCUUAAAAUAUUAUGCUGCUGCUCAUCCUUUUUCAGAAUUGAAUAUCCACCCCAUGUGUUUUGUACUCAGGAUAAUGGUGAUAAACUCAGUUAGCAUACCUGUUUAACUUGCAUGUCCUGGCCUAGAGCCUUAUUCACUAGAGGCCACUAGAUGUCCUGAGUGUAUAUGAAUAAUACUUCUGCUGUAGAAUGAUGUAUGCUGGGAAGUGUAUGAAACAAUGAGAAGAGUACUUUGGAAAAUGUUAAAGCAAGGCUGCAGCUUCACUCAAAAUGUAAAACAUACAUUUGCAGUGCCUAUUGUUGUAUGACUGGUGUCAGUAAUGGUUUAGAGGCUAAUCCUGGUCGAUUUAACUGUGUAUUCUACAUUUGAAUUUCAGAAUGACAAACUGCUGCUUAGAGGAGCUAUAAACAUUUGCUUUGUUUGUUUUACAUCAUGUUCAAGAGAACAGCAGCAUCCAUACUUUAGUACAUCAGUGCUGAUAGGCCAGUGUUUUCUCACUGAAAUCAGUCAAGUAUGCCCUGCUAAUCUUUGAAGUCAGGCAGAACUUAAAAUAAUCUCCCAGCACGUUUUGUGGAUUUUAGCAUCCAGUAGAGAAACUCAACCACAGGGACAAAGAGGGAAGAGUUAAAUUAGAUCUGGCAGGUGCAGCCAUGACACUCUUAAUCUACCCAUGCAGUAAAGGAGUGAACCAUGCAAUUAAAUGAUACUGGACAUGAUUUCUUAGUAAUACUUUUUUUUUUUUUUUUUAUAUAUAUAAGUGACUGACCAUAAUUAAGUACCAUGUGUUGAAAUGGCAUUCGUAUCCAUCAUACCCUGAGAUUAGUCAUUCGAUUAAAAUGGUGAGCUUGACUGUGAAACCAAUUGGAAAUGUGUCCCUCUCUCCUCUUAGAUAAAUACCAGUACAUAGAAUCGCAAAAAAAGGUCUAGGAUUCUGCAGACAUACGUAGGCCAGUUAAUUUCUUGGAAAGGGUGGGUGGGGGUCCUUCCUUUGUUAAAAGUGUUGCAUUUUGGUUUGUUUAAAUGUUUUUGUUAGUAAAAUUGAGAACUCCAUAGACUUGUUUUUAUUAUUGUUUGGUUCUUCAGUGGUGUAUAGUAGAACAGUGUGUAAAAGCUGAGGUUCCUGAACAUUCUUGGUCCCACAUGAUGAAAGAGCUUAAGAGGUGUCAUCUAAAAACAGUUCUGCCGGUCCUCACCCUAAACUGUGUAUCAUUUUGCAUUUCAAUUCCAAGGUGAAUGAUUUAAAGGACAAAAUUAAUAUGUUCAGAUUCAGCUGCUGGUAUGGGGUCUUUUUUUGGCGUGGAUAAUAAAUUGGCCUCUCUUUGCAGACAAUUUCUGGGCUGUUAUUGUAUAGACUUAAAUACGGUUGUUUCUCAAUUCCAAAUCAUACAGGAAAGAGAGCAUGCGUUACAAAAAGUGAAUUUAUCAAAUUGUAUUCAUUGGUAUUGUGUGCAAAACUCAUAUUUGUACCUUUGUUUUGAAGACUCAAACUGUCACUGUCCUGGUGCAUCUCAAGAAACCUUUAACCCUGAUUGUUUUUCCCCUCCCUGCCACUAUGAUGGGGUUGAACAAUGAUGCCUUGUGGCUGCGGUGAUAUCCAAACCAAGGGCAAAGCAACUGUCGUGACUAAUUUCCCUUUGAGUCGGUCACCCUGGCCUCAUUGUGAGGAAACUGCUUUAAGACCUGUCCACUUUUAUGUUUUGUCCACAUGCUUUUUUGCGGGACCCCUUUGCGAACUCAUACUGUACUGUGUACAUAUCUCUGUAUAUAUCUAAUAAACCAGAUUGUAAUUUA